ACCAACCAAAAUCACAAUUUCUUUUUUUAAAUUUUAUAAUUUUCAUACACCGCCGAUCUUCAUAUUUCUCUCAUCAUCAUCAUCUCGCUUUCGUUGAUAUCCAAAGGAAACCCAUUUGAGUUCUCUUUUUACUGUAUCUACCAGAUCUUGUAGAUUUUUAAAAGACCCAGAAUUCUGGAACUUCUAAAACAUCCAUUUGAAGAGGAAAACAAAAGGUUUAGCCUUGCGUGGUUGGUGACAACAAGUAGGUCCAGGUGGGAGGCAAAUGUGGUCGAUUUUCUCUUUCUAGUCUGCUUGUGUUUGGCUGCCGAGAAAAUUUCUGUUCUUCCUGUUUCUCGGUCUCUUUUUGUUUACUGAAGGGGAACUAGAAAAGGAAGCAGAGAUCUUUUUGGUGUUUCCUUCAUCUUGGGUUGAAGAGAAGAUGCAGCCAAAUCAGUUGAAGAAGGACCUAAAAGAGAUGGACUUUUUCACUGAAUAUGGGGAUGCAAACAGGUAUAGGAUUCUUGAAGUUAUUGGGAAGGGAAGCUAUGGAGUUGUUUGUGCAGCACUUGACACGCAUACUGGGGAGAAAGUGGCAAUAAAGAAAAUACAAGAUGUAUUUGAGCAUGCAUCUGAUGCUAUAAGGAUUUUACGAGAAGUCAAGCUGCUUAGACUUCUUAGACAUCCUGAUAUAGUAGAAAUUAAGCGAAUAAUGUUGCCACCAUCAAAGAGGGAAUUCAAAGACAUAUUUGUUGUUUUUGAGCUCAUGGAAUCUGAUCUUCACCAAGUCAUAAAAGCUAAUGAUGAUUUAACACGUGAACACCACCAGUUUUUCCUUUACCAAAUGCUUCGUGCGAUGAAAUACAUGCAUACAGCUAAUGUGUACCAUCGUGACCUUAAACCGAAGAAUAUACUGGCAAACGCAAAUUGUAAACUUAAAAUUUGUGACUUUGGGCUAGCAAGAGUUGCAUUCAGUGACACCCCGACUACAGUCUUCUGGACAGACUAUGUUGCUACACGAUGGUAUAGGGCUCCCGAGCUGUGUGGAUCUUUUUCUUCUAAGUAUACACCUGCUAUCGAUACUUGGAGCAUCGGCUGCAUCUUUGCUGAGGUGUUGACAGGGAAGCCCCUGUUUCCUGGAAAAAGCGUUGUUCAUCAAUUAGAAUUGAUCACCGAUCUUUUGGGGACACCUUCAACAGAAACCAUAUCUGGAGUUCGAAAUGAGAAAGCAAGAAAAUACUUGUCAGAAAUGCCAAAAAAACAUCCUGUUCAAUUUUCAAAGAAAUUCCCUAAUGCAGACCCAUUAGCAGUGCAGCUAUUGCAGAGGCUGUUAGCAUUUGAUCCCAAGGACCGGCCAACUGCUGCGGAGGCAUUAGCUGAUCCUUACUUCAAAGGCUUGGCUAAAAUCGAGAGGGAACCUUCUUGUCAGCCAAUCUCGAAAUUAGAGUUUGAGUUUGAGAGGCGAAGGUUGACAAAGGACGACAUUAGAGAAUUGCUUUACCGGGAGAUACUAGAAUAUCAUCCUCAGCUGCUCAAAGACUAUAUAAAUGGAAACGAAGGACCCAAUUUUCUCUAUCCAAGUGCCAUUGGUCAAUUCAGAAAGCAGUUUGCAUACCUUGAGGAAAACGGUGGUAGAAGCGCACCAGUUUUCCCUCUGGAGAGGAAGCACGUGUCCCUCCCAAGGUCUACAGUUCAUUCGAACACUAAUACGCAGUCAACUUCGGUUUUGUGUGAGAACCAACGAGUUAAAGAUGAGGUUCCCAGAAGGGAAACAGAUACUAUUGCUGGUUAUCCAAAGACUGCUGCACGGCCACCACCUAGGGUGCCAUCAGCUAAACCAGGGAGAAUCGUUGGAUCUGUCGUACCAUACGAGAAUGGGAAAAACACUAAAGAUGGUUUCGAUUCUAAAAUCAUUUACAGACAUGCAGUACUUCCUCCGCAGAACAUCUCCCCCCAUUGUUUCUACCGAACCACCACCAAACAUCAAGAGAAAUCCGGAAUACAACCUCAGUUUACUAUGGUGGCAAAACCAGCCCCAGGAAUGGUUGUCGACAUUAACAACCACCUCUAUUACCAUCCGCAAACCAAGUCUGACCAAUUAACCGAUAGAUUACCGAUUGAUGCAAAACUUCUACACGCACAAACCCAGUUUGGUGCAGUCGGUGCUGCUGCGGUGGCUGUAGCCGCCCACAUGAAUGUAGGGACAGUUCAAUACGGAUUGUCUUAAAAACUGAUAUUUGCACCUCAGAUGAGGGUAGAUAGGGGAUAAAUAUUUGUGGAGAGGGGCUGAGCUUAUGAAUGCCAUUUUUGGCGAUUGCUCUUUCCCAUUCUCUUCUAAUUUAUUCCCUUUUGUAAUUAUAGGUUGUAUCAUUGGAUUCUAUAAAAAAUCAAAUAAAUUGGCUCAAGUUGUUAGGAGGAGUCUCAGUACCA